AUGAAGCGCCCCAGCGCGCGGAGCAACCAAAGGCGGACGAAGUUCCCGGGCAGCGACGGGCGGCGCUACGCGGAUAUCGAGGACUUCUGGCGUGCCAGGAAGCGGUCCUGGUACUCCAAGGUGUCGCAGCACUGGGAAGGUGCGGAGGCAAACGAGGAGAGCGUGCUAGGAGGACUGCCGCACACGCACGGCCCGGACUUGGAGGAGAACCGUCGGUUUUUGCAGGCCUUGAGAAGGCUGCGGCCCUCCCUCCGCUUCGGCCGGGUCCUGGACUGCGGCGCCGGCGUGGGCCGAGUCUCCAAGUUCUUGGCGCCCCACUUCCAGUCGCUGCAUCUGCUGGAGCCCUGCGCCCGCUUGCGCGCCAUCGCGCGACAGCGCCUCAAGCACCUCAAGGGGAAGAAGGGCCUCCGCUUCAUUGGCAAGCCCUUGCAAGAGUUCACUCCGCAGAAGGACCUCUAUGACGUGAUCUGGCUGCAGUGGGUCCUACUCCACCUGACAGAUGAUGAUGUGGUGGCAUUCCUCGCGAGGUGCCGGGACAGGCUACGACCAAAUGGAGUCAUUGUGAUUAAGGACAACGUCGCCUUUGGCGAGUGGGAGGCGGACCUGUCGGACCACAGCAUCGCUCGCACCGCGCCGCUCUUCCGGCGCCUCUUUCGCCUGGCCAAGCUCCAGCUGGAGCUCAACGUGAAGCAGCGCAAUUGGCCGGGGGGGCUGAUCCCGGUGAGAAUCUUCGCCCUGAGCACGGAGCUAUUCCCGGGCGCGGAGGUUCGACUCGUGGGUCUCCAGCUGCCGCACUUGGAGGGCAAGAUUGGCACCUGUACCCAGUUCGACCCGGACGGCUAUGUGAGAGUGCGGCUCAGCAGUGGCGAGCUCAAGGCAGUGAAGCCUCAGAACCUGAUGCUCGCCUCGCAGCCCAAAGCAGACACAGCCCCAAAAACGCCGCCGAAGCCUGGCAAGGAGAAGACGAAAGAGCCGAGCUACUGGCCAAAGUGGGCAAUGUUCGCACUGACGGCGGCGUCUGCUUUUGUGCUCUUCAGAUACUUUCAACUGCAAGAGCACGACAAGAGUGUGGAAGAGAAGCGCCUUCUGAAGGAGAAGGAGGAGGAGGAGGCUGCGGGCGCGCCCCUGCCCGCAGGCUGGCGGGAGCACAAAGACCCCAGCACCGGGUGUAUGUACUACUGGAAGGAGGCGGAUCCUGCCAACACCACCACUUGGCAGCGCCCAAAGUAG